CCCGUUCUGGCCUGCCUAAGCGGGGCCGCCCGGCGAAGACCAGCAAGGCCCCGCCCGCCCGUUUCCGGCCGGCCACUUCCCGUCGCUCCGCUCCGUCCGGCCGGCCUGGCUCCGCUCGCAUGGAGAAGCCCCGGCCGACGCUGGUGAGGACCUACUCGGGGCUGCGGGGGAAGCAAGGCCGAGGAGCAGGAGCGAGGAGGGGCGGCGGGCCUGGGCCUGGGCCUGCUGGCGGCCUGAGGCGCCUCCCGCGGCCCGCCCUGUGGGUCUCGCCCCGGAUCGACCCCAAGCAGCUUUUCAACACCAGCUCCUCCGGGGAGGUCACCACCUCCUCCUCCUCCCCCUCCCGCGACGACGACUCGGAUUUCCUGUCCCCCAGGCGCCGACUGCGGGAAAAGCCGCUCAGAGUCAAGGAUGUGAAGCAGGAAGAGAGGGGCAAGCAGGGUCGAGAGCAGCCCAAGGAGAACUGGGACCCGAAUCGGGCCUCAGAUACCCACCCCAAGGCUGGUGGUGGGGCAAGCGAUCUGUGGCCCCCCACGCCGUUGCGCAGGAACGUCACCCACCGGCACCGUGCGCGGAGGCCCCUCGCCAGGGGUCAGAUUGGGCAGCUGCCCCCUCUGUUGUGCAGCACACCCCAGCCGCCCUGCCUGACCCCACAGGUGGUGGAAAGGGAUUGGGCUGGGGAGAAGGAAGGGGGAGGGAGUGUUCUCCAGGGCAGUAGGCCUCCCUCCUGCCUCCUUUGCUCUCAGGGCAGCUUCCCGCAGGAAGAGGACUUCUAUGGCACCUGUGAUUAUGUCCUCUCAGAACUGAGCUUGCUGAAGAUGGAUGGGGACGCUCAGGAGAUGGGAGGCAGUUUGGAGCAAUUUGGACAAGACAGCUCUCGAAGCCGGCAGCGGAAGUAUUCCCACGUGGAUUCCCAGGCAGGGUCUCGGAUGCAGCUCAGCCAGUUGUCCUGCACACCCGUUCAAAGCCACUUUCCUGGACAGCUUUGUAAGAACUGGAGCAAGACAGGCGCAUCCUUGGGAAACCAGGAGCAGCUCACAACCCAUCUAGGGAGUUCGUCAUCCAGCCCCAACACAGAUGACGGUCAAGCUCUGUCCAUUUCUCCAAAGAGUAACAUUGCCUCAUUGAGUCCUUCUCGGGGAGCGUUACAGCUUCAGGCUAGAAUGUGCGAUGGCAAAAUUGCGCUCUCUAAUCCAAAAGAUGCCAUCCCUCUUCCUGCCAAGAGGCAGCAGAUCUCUGUUCCACUUGUGGAGCUAAAUGGCACUUUCUCAGAGGAGCUGAUAGAAUUGGACCAAAGUAGCCCCCAGUUCCAGCCUGUAGUGCUCCUGGACAAUCAAGUGGUACCAAACUGGUUGGCUACUCACUCCUCUAGAAAGCAAGCCUCAGGCUACUGUUUUGAAAAAAAAGACACUUCACAAUCAGAUUCUCCAUGUGCCUUGCCUGGAAGGUCUAGCACCAGAAAUACCAGUCAGGUGGUCCCUGCUGGAACCACUGGCAAAAAAUCUUGCAUCAUGGGUUUCAGUUCCAGUCGGUGGAGGCAGCACAGGAAGCUUGAGCAAAUCAGACACAAGAAAAACUUGGGGUGGAAGCAGCAGACCAACUCCUUCCUCCAAGGGCCCAUGGAGGAUGAUCUUCCUUUGUCUCUGUCUCCAGACAGCACAUUGAAGAACUCCGGUUUGUGGCGCAGAAUUCGAGCCUCUUUAUCCCUCCACAAGAAAAAGAAAAUCCUGUCCGAGGCUGAAAGUUUUAACAGCAGCAUUGCUGGCACACCUGUCAAAUCCCACCUUGCAGAGCCCUCCAAGAUCCCCUUCACUCAAAAGCUGGGUUAUUCGAUUUGUCCCACCUCUUCAAUGGUCUUGCUGUCAUCCAUGACCUCGUUCUUCUCACCUGAGGUGGCACUGACAGAUGCUGAAAAAGUGUACGGGGAGUGCCAGCAGAGGGGCCCCAUUCCCUUCGAGGACUGCAUCUCCUCAGAAAAGAUGCAGAAAUGUGAGAAAAUCGGAGAGGGGGUAUUUGGAGAGGUUUUCAGGACAGAGGGUGAGCAGGGAGCCGUGGCGUUAAAAAUUAUUCCCAUUGAAGGGAGCAACAGAGUCAAUGGGGAGCCUCAGAAAACCUUCAGUGAGAUCCUGCCCGAGAUCAUCAUUUCCAAAGAGCUCAGCCUCUUGGCGGAAGAGAAGGUUAACCAAACGUCUGGCUUCAUUCGGCUGUAUUCGGUACACUGUGUGCAGGGGGCUUACCCUGAGCCCCUCUUGAGCGCCUGGGAUGAGUAUCACAGGCUGAGAGAGUCUGAGAAUGACCGGCCAGACUUCUUUGGAGACCAGCAGCUCUUCAUGGUCCUGGAAUUUGAAUUUGGAGGCACUGACCUGGAGAACAUGCGGCACCAGCAGCUGAACUCUGUGGCUGUGGCCAAGAGCCUGUUGCAACAAGUCACAGCUUCCCUCGCUGUGGCCGAGGAGGCACUGCGGUUCGAGCACCGGGACCUCCACUGGGGGAACGUGCUGGUCAGGAAGACCCGCUUAAAGGAUGUGAGCAUCACACUGAAUGGGGAAACCCGCCUCCUUCCUACACAAGGUUACCUCGUGAACAUUAUUGAUUAUACCUUCUCCAGGUUGGAGCGGGACGGCUUGACCGUAUACUGUGACCUUUCCACUGAUACAGAGGUGUUCCAAGGUCAAGGGGAUUAUCAGUUUGACAUUUACAGGCAGAUGAGAGAGGAAAACGCGAACAACUGGGCUGGCUACUCCCCCCACAGCAACGUCUUGUGGCUCCACUACCUGGCGGACAAACUUCUAAAAGAGGUGACUUACAAAAGGAGGCCCAAGACAUCUUCCAUGAAACAGACUGAGAAGCAGCUCAAGCUGUUCUCCGAAGAGGUUCUCGGCUUCAGAUCUGCCACAGAUCUGCUCAAUGCGAGCACUUUGUUCCAGUGAAUAACUGGGUCUUGCGUGCUAAAAGAACCGGGCAAAAACCUGACACACAGCUCUUAGGUAUUAUGUAUAUAGCAGAAAGGGCAUUAUAUAGUCUUUGUUUCUGAAGUGCUAUUUUUGUAGUGGCUGGGAGAACAUAGCUUUACUCACUCUGUCUUAUUUCCUUCCUCAUAGCUCCAAAGACUACUCUAAGGUUCAGAGCUUGUCCCCGCCCCCCUUUCCCCGAAGACCAGGAGGGCAUAAAAAUUCUUGUUUUAAAAGCAGGAGGCAGAUUCAGCCCUGUUGGUUCUCCAAACGGUUGCACCCCUCACCUUGCAGCCCUCCUCCUCUGCCCAAGCAAAUGAUUUUACUCCUGUUGUAGCACCCGCAGGAACAUCCAAAAGCGCUGGCAAAGCUCUUAUCCCCAAGUCCCUCCAAAAGAUUAAUUAAAAAAAUUACAAAACACCAGUGCACCUGGCUGUCCUUCCAGUUCCUGAAUCUGCAGCUGGUCGGCGGUGCAUGAAAAUUAAACUAGGCACAGGAGAAGAGGCUAGGAGGCCCAGGAGAAAGCAGGGAAGCAGAGACUUGGGUGGUGUGGGAGAAACAAGCUAGAGGCUGGGAGUGAGGAGGGCACGAAGGGAAAAGGCCUGUAAGGACGGAAAAGGAUUACAGAGGAGCUUCCCGUUUCCUCCCAGCUUCUGGCCUCACCAGCUUUUUCCCCCUCGUCUCUUGACCAGCCAGGGCAGCCAUUCUGUGCCUGGCCACCUGCCCCACAGCAGUUCCCAAGUGCCUGGAGGUGCCCACGGGGGACCACCGGUUUAGGUGCUUCCGUCAUUGCUGUUUUCCCCCAAGCCACUUUAUGCUGACGGAGAGGACCUUUUGCCCACGUGAUUUCACAUGAGGGAAGCCUGUUACAAAUUUUUUGGAAAAGCAGAGCUGAUUCUCAUGCUGAAGGAGAGAAACAGCUGCCAAAAGAAUUACCUGUCUCCCGGUCACCUUCAUCACAUUUGCCAGCGGCUGGUUGUCUAUCAUAAUGGGGAUCCAGAUCCUCAAGUGAAACGGCACCCCAAACGGGUUUUUCCCAUUGAUCUGCAAAGAGGAGACCCCUGGGGGUUAGAGGCAGCUCGUUCCAGGACAUGGGGACGGGCCCGCAGCCUUGCACUUACAUUGAAGGUGAAGUGGGUGCUCUGGAGGGAUCCGUCGCCUAGGAUCACAUUCACAGUGGGGAUUGGCCUGCAGGCAAAUAGGUGUGUGUAUAUAUAAAUUAAGACAGCAAUUUGAUACCUUAAAAAAGGAAAACACAUUUGGGACAGAGGGCUCACGGUGUCACCCAAGUCACCCACCCAGGUGAAUCCAUGAAUAGCUGAGUUCUCUCAGAUCCAUGAGAUCAGACCCAUCAUAAUUCUUUUUUUGGAAAAUCUUCACUGUCCUACAACAAGUGGGGCAUCCAGUGCUGCCCCCCCCCGUGUUGGAUUGCAACUCCCAUCAGCCCCAGCCAGCAUGGCCAGUGAAGGAGCAUGAUCAAGUGUGAUGUCCAACGGCAUCUGGAAGGGCAGCGGGUCUAUUUAUUUGUUCCAUACUCCAUCUUUCUACCCAAAAGGGCAAAACAGGUUAGCUUGAGGUUACUCACAUAGGUAAAGGCUCAGGGUGACAUUCAAGAAUUUAAACAAAGCCAGCGUUAAAAACAUUCAGCCUGUUAAAUCAAGUGCAGCAAUUAGUUUAAAAAAUCCUGUCCGAUACCACAUGAGCACCCUACUUCAUGCCGCCUCACCAUUGGCUGUGCUACCUCAGGCUGAUGGGAAUUGCUGUGAACGGCAUACUUUACACACUGUUCUUAGGAGGGGGAAGAACAGAGAUUCCCGUUGAUUCUCCAGGUGUAUGAGUGCCGUGGCAGAAAAGAAAAUGCUUAGGACGAAACCAAAGCUUGCUGGCUUCAGAAUGGGGGUUUUUUCUUCCCUUGGCAAUCUCCAUUUUCAGAGCUAAGGAAUGUUGUCAUAUCAGGCGAAACUCUAAAGGCGAACUCCUAAGCAACAAAGAUUCCUGUAGCACCUUAGAAGAUGACUUACAGAAGUUAGCUUUACUGGACAGUGAGGCAGCACAAUCCAAAAUGCACAGCUGGAUGAUACUUUAGUCCUCUUCCUGGACUUGGUACAAAUGCAGGCGAUACGGGACUUUUGUACGACUGAGCCUGAUGAUUUUUUUUUGGAGAACUUGGAAACUUGCACAGUUUUGCAGAAUUUUAAUUGGUUUUAAUAAAGGUGAUGUAAGUGCUAUGA